UUGAAUUUCGUAAUCUCCCGCCAUACGUACACCCAGAAAACAAGAAAUAGACACGAAAGAAAAACUCCAUCUGUUAUUUGUGUGUGUGUGUCCUUGCAAGUUGCAACAACUAUCAAAGCCAACAAAGGAAGAGUAGUAAAAGAGUUUUCCACAAAUGGCGGUGGUUACUUCAAGUUCUGCUUCCAAACAGAAGCUGAACUCGGCUGAUCAUCAGAAUAAUAAUGGCAAGAAGAGCAAGGAAGACAAGUCUCGGAAACAAUCUGAUAAUGGUUGUGAUUUGCCUGCGAAGCGCACCAAGUGUCCAGGUGUUCGUCUCGUCGGCGGUCGAAUCUACGAUUCUCAGAAUGGAAAGACUUGCCAUCAGUGCCGUCAAAAAACCAUGGAUUUUACAGCUUCCUGCAAGAAUCUGAAAAUGGACAAACCAUGUACAAUCAAGUUUUGCCACAAAUGCCUUUUGAACAGAUAUGGAGAAAAGGCAGAAGAAAUGGCAGGUUUGGAGGACUGGAAUUGUCCAAAGUGCAGAGGCAUCUGCAAUUGCAGUUUCUGCAUGAAGAAACGAGGACACCGACCUACUGGCAUACUUGUGCACACAGCCAAGGCAACUGGUUUUUCCUCUGUUUCAGAGCUGCUGAAUGUUAAAGGCCCUGAAAAUUUUGGUAUUGACAAGAUUGUAAAAGCUGUGGAUGUUAGUCCAAGAAAGGCUGCUGCUUCAAGCACUGAAACUUCUGUUGCUUUGCCUACAAAGCGGGGAAAGGAAAAUUCUUUUAGAGUUUACAAUGAUUCAAAUUUACGUCCUCUACAUUUGGCACCAAGCCCCAAUGAGAAAAAACAAAAGAAAAUGAAGCAUGAAGGGUUAAAGGAGAUGCGAGAUGGCAACCAGGACAAUAGGGUUUUGUUGAAGGAGAGCAGCCCCAGAAAGCCUCAGAUUGAUGAGGAGAUAAACCCCCAAGUUUCCAAUGGUGUUUUCAAGAAAGAGUUGAAAACUAGUAGGAAUUUUGAAAGUGUUCUAGAAGAGAAAAAUAAUCUGAAUACAAGGGCUUCUAAGGGAAUUUCAUCCAAUCUAAUUGGAUGUGAAAGUGAAACACAAAGGGAUAGCAAAGUCCACAAAGAUGCAGAAUUGUUGGACGUCCAGAAGCUUGAUAAAGAUGGAGCACAGCCCACGAUAGUUGUGGAUUCUUGCAGAGUUCAAACAAAUGCUGUGAAGGUCCAAAAUAAAGAUAUUGAUGCUGACAUUUCAUUGCCUCUGGGCACUGAGCUGACAACUGUAGCUGGCCUUGACUUACCACCAGAAGAUGUUGGCCAUGCCUUGCAAUUCUUUGAAUUCUGUGCUGCUUUUGAGGAGAUUCUUGAUUUGAAAGAAGGGGAGCCUGAAUAUGUACUUCGAGAAUUAAUUCGUGGGGGACGUGGGCGGCGAGGAAAAUAUUCUCCAAUUGUCCAGUUUCAUAUCCAGUUGCUGUCAAUGAUACAGAAGGACUUGGGAGAAGACUCUCCAGUGAUAACUUCAAAAGGUGGCAAAAAUUCAUGGCUACAUGCUCUACAGAAUUAUGCCCUAAGAUCCCAGUGUGUAUUGGAAAAAUUGAAGUUGGAUGGGUUUGGCUGGGAAGCUAAUGAUUAUGAUAGUUUAGACUCCUCAAAAAGGCUUAGACUCUUAACUUUUCUAUGUGAUGAAGUUCUUUGCACUGCAAAAAUGAGAAGUUGGAUAGAUGAUCAGAACUCAAAAUUUGUUGAGAAGCAGAAGGAAGCAAAAGAAAGAGUUCUUGCUGCAAAACAUAAGGAGAAACAGUUGAGGAACAAGAUGCAGAAUGAGGUGGCCAAAGCUAUCAUUGCAAAAAAUGGUGCUCCUCUUUCGAUUUCUGAGCAUGAAGCUAUUGUUUCUCAAAUUAAAACUGAAUCAGCUCAAGCUCAUGCAGAGAUGCUGCAGUUAAAAGACAUGUUACUUAAUG